UCAACAAUUUAGUUACUCAACAACUUUCUGGAUGUGAUGAACGUCAGCUAAAUACACAACAUAAUUGUCAAUUUUUUAGUAAUCAAAUAAAAAUGCUACCCCAAAGUCUGCUAUUCUCCUUCGGUCUACUGAUCGCCGUUCCGCUUACAAUAGACGCCGCUUUACUCACUUGCAAUGUCCAGCUGGUGGAUGGUGUGGUGAAGAAGGUUUGCCGUAGACUCAAGUGUCCCGUUAAUUGCUCGAAUGGCAUCUGUAAUAUGCAAUUACAACGUUGCUAUUGUAACGAAGGCUACGAAUUCAUUGGGGGAUCAUGUGUACCCGUCUGUGAACCGCCGUGUGGCGAAAGCCAGCUUUGUAUUGCGCCGAAUAUGUGCGAAUGUGCAGAAGGAUAUGCUUUCCUGAACUCUAGGUGUGAGGCAUUUUGUAGAACACCUUGCGAUGACACACAAUAUUGUGCUGCGCCGAACACUUGCGCAUGCAUGGAGGGUUACAACAACGCAACCACUGGUGGCUGUGAACCAAUUUGCGUGACAGACUGCGGCGAACACGGACGCUGUAAGGCGCCAAAUUUGUGUGAGUGCGACGAAGGCUACAGUGUACAAGGGGACGGCGGAUGUGCGCCUAUUUGUGAUGCAGAGCUUUGCGCCAACGCCGAUUGUAUGGAACCAUAUAAGUGUAUCUGUCACGAGGGCUAUACGCUUAACUUUGACACCAACAAAUGUGAGCUUUUGCAGGAAAGCGAGAGUGAUGGGGAGUUGCAGUUAAUCGACGUGCGCUCUGGAUCUAGUUCGUUGCUUGUAAAUCAGACCAAUCAAAUUUCGGUCACAAAUAAACACCAGGGCGCAUGCAAAGAGGGAACCGAAAUGUAUAAAUCAAAAUUACGGUUAUUGCUAAUUCAAAUAGUUAUCUACACUCUCCUUUUUAUUGAACGCGGUCACGGCAAAACAAUGGAAACAAGAUGUAGAACAUUAUUAAAUAAAGGUAAAUCCCAGCAAAUAUGUCAAAGGACAUGUGAUGAAAAUUGCGUUGAUGGCAUUUGUGACUUCAAACCGAAGCAUUGCCUUUGUAAACAGGGUUACCAUCCGGAGAAAAACAAAUGCCAGCCGGAUUGUGCCGCAGGAUGUCCGGCCAAUUCAACUUGCAUCGAAGACAGUAAUAAUUGUCGCUGCAAUGAAGGUUAUACUCAAGACUCUUUCACUCAAUGCUCACCAGUCUGUAGUGUGGAUUGUGGCGAAACAAGCUAUUGUGCUGAACCAGACAUAUGUGCGUGUAAAAGUGGCUAUGCGAAUACAAACAAUGGUUGUAUGCCAAUAUGUUCGCAAGGAUGUGGCAAACAUGAGUAUUGCGGCGCACCUAACGACUGUCUAUGUAACGAUGGUUAUGCAAGGAAUACUGAAGGCAAAUGUGACCCCCAGUGUGGUGUGGAUUGCGGCGAGACCGCUUUUUGCGCUUCACCCAACCAUUGUGCCUGUAACGUUGGUUUCAUAGAAAGUAAAGAAGGCUGUCUACCGAUUUGCUCGAAAGGAUGUGGCGUUAAAGAGCAUUGUGCAUCACCUAAUAGCUGCGAAUGCAAUGAGGGUUAUACCAGGAACACCACCGGCCAAUGUUUACCCCGGUGCAAUAUGGAAUGCGGCGAGGCUAGCUACUGCGCUGGACCCGAUACAUGUGCAUGUAAAGUCGGUUACGAGCAAACCAGCACUGGCUGUGUGCCCAGUUGUCCUCAAGGUUGUGCAGAUCAUCAACAUUGUGCGGCACCUAAUAAAUGCGCUUGCAACAUUGGCUAUCAGCAAAUGUUACCUGAUGGCACCCAAUGUGAACCCAUCUGUGAUGCGGCGCUCUGUGGUAAUGCCACCUGUCUACGACCGGGUAUUUGUGAGUGUGCCAAGGGUUAUGUGCGACUCAAUGGCAGCAUUGAUUGUCUGCCUCAUUGUACGGGCGCUUGUGGGCCGAACGGUAUUUGCACAGCUCCGAACCGUUGUGAAUGUAUCGAUGAUUAUGUGCGCAUUGGCGCGACUUGCGUACCUCAAUGCAAAGUUGGGUGUGGCAUAAAUGCACAUUGCACCGCACCAGAUGUGUGUCAAUGCAUGGAAGGUUUUGAAAACAAAUCGCUCCACACAUUGUUACAACAUUGUCAGCCAAUAUGUGAGCAUGCUUGCCCACUUCACGCUUACUGCGCGUCGCCGAAUCACUGCAGUUGCAUCGCGGGCUACACUGUGAUCGACGAUCAGUGUGUGCCGCAAUGCAAAAACAAGUGUGGCGCUAACAGCAAAUGCAUUGCGCCCGACAGAUGUCACUGCGACAGCGGUUUUCUGGAGCAAGGCAGUAAAUGUUUGAGUUCGUCGGAAUUGAAAACAUGUAUGAAGGAAGUAUUAUUCAUUAGUAUGUAUGUUUCCUGUGAGACCGGUUCAUUUCUGAUAUAUUUGAUUUAUGGUGGACUGGUCGGUUUCGUACUAAUAUGCACGUUUGUCACCUACAAAGGUAUUCAGCACUUACGCAAAAGGGGUAAUUACAGGCAUCCUUCACCACAGAAUUUCAUAAUCACCUAUCAGCCGCGCAGUCGUGAAGACGACGAUGAGUUCACGAAUGCCGAUGGCGAUGUGGCAAGCCCUAGCUAUAGCCAGCCACCAGCCUAUAAUACGCUAACUAGAAAAUGUUAAAGAUAAGAAAAGCGACAAUGCAAUUUAAUUGCAAGUUAUCGCUUAAAUAAACUUAUUUCCUCAUUAAUGCAA